AUGACGAGUCAUGGCGGGGAAGAAGUUCCGAUUCUUGCAGACUCUGAGCUUGAUGAAGCUGAGUCGGAGGAAGCGCUACCAGAGGAGGAAGAGCAAGAAGUUCAAGAGUUCCGGAAGUGGCUCCGGCAGCGUGCGCCGGGACGGCCAAACCAUCGAGGCUCCCCUCGGAGAUCGCCCAAGCGACGAGGUCGUGAUCACGAAGACCCGGAUGACGACGACACUGGCCGGACCAACGCUGGACCGCCACCGGAAUGGGAUGGUGUGCAAUGCGCCUUUGAGGAUUACCUGAUACGAGCUCGUAUCUGGUUGGCGACGACCAGGGCCAAGCCGCGAACUCGUGGACCCCUGCUCCUGAAGGCCCUGAAAGAAACUCCAUUCCAGGACUUCAAGCACCUUGCUAAGGAUCCUCAGUGGCUCCAGGACUCGAACAAUGCGGAGACUCUCUUGGCGAAGAUGAACAGGCCAGAAUACUAUGGUGACGACCAAGAGGAGCACCUCCUGGCGGCCUUGUCUCGGAUCACGUACCACUUGAAGCGGCAGAAGAACGAGACGGCACGUCAAUUUCUGGCAAAGUGGGAGUCGGCCGAACGUAAGGUCCGGGAACACAAUGUGGAGCUGCCGGCCAUCUAUCGUGGUUUUCUUCUUAUCAAUGCAUUGGCCUUGUCUGACAGCGAGAUCAAGACUCUCUUGACUUUUACCCAAGGUUCCAUUGAGCCGUCGGCCAUUCGUACUUGGCUACGCAAGCACGAGACCAAGCUGCAAGCCUCUCACCUUGGCACGUCAUCGGCAGCGACUAGCGCUGUGCACCACCUCGACGGCAACGAGCCUCAGGACUCCGAGGACCCGGAGAUCGCCGAGAUGGAGGCCCUCUUGACGGACCUCACCGAGAUCCCCGCGAACCCCGAGGAGGACGAGCUUGGCACGUUCGACGAGGAUGAGGCGGCCGAGAUCUUGGCCGUCAUGCUCAAGGAGAAGAAGAAGACCUACGUCCAGUCGGCCCAGAUCAAGAAGGAUCGCGAGUUGGGCCGAGGAUACCGGCAAGGCGGCAAAGGCAACGGCAAGGAUGGACCCCUGCGCUCUGGGACUUACAAGCUCAGCAUCACAGAGCUCAAACAGCGGACCAGAUGCCGUCGCUGCGGGCGCCUUGGGCAUUGGCAGAAGGAAUGUCCGAUGCCAGCCGGAACCACCAAGGAGCAGCAGACCCGCUUCCUGGAGAUCGAGUUCGACGAGGCCGAGGACGCGAUGUUCUGCCACUACCUGGACAUGGGACGUGACGAAGAUCGGCGUAAGACCAAUCGUAGGAGCAAUGAGCCAGAUGGCUACGUAGGAGACAGUUUUGAAGAUGUUUCAGUGCCAGCUCGAGUGUACAUGGAUGUGCCGUGUUGGGAGGUCAUGUAUGGUGCCUGUAGCUCUGUGAGGGAUGAUGCUUGUGCCACCAUCGACACUGGAUGUCAGCGGACCGCAAUCGGCCUCGACACUCUUAAACGCAUGAAACCGUUUUGGCCCGCCGACUUGACAUGGUUCCGACAAACCGAAACCAACCGUUUUCGAUCGGUAAACGGCGUGUCCCAAACGGACUUCAACGCAGUGAUUCCUUGUGGCCUUGGCAAGAAAGGUUGUUACAUGAAGCCGGCUGUGUUCAGUGAAGAGCAAAGUAGGAAGGCGCCGUUUCUCAUCUCACUUCAGUUUCUGCUGCGCUGUGAAGCUGUGAUUUCCCUGGCACGCAAUCGUCUGGAGCUGCAUCUGACUAAGUGUGGUACCGUAGUUCCUUUGCGCAUAGGACCCUCAGGAGCCCUCAGGAUCCCCAUGAACUUGUUCAAUCAGGACAUGUUCAAAUCCCUGAAAAAAGCCGAAUCAAAGAUUGAGGACCACCGCAAACCGGACUUCGAAAUUCUCAAUUUGGCCCAGGAUUGCAGCCCUGGUGACUUCGUGAGCCCCAUCUCCUGUGACUCCCAUCGUCACGGCCAUGGACGGCGCCAACAACAGCGGCCGCGACCCUCGAACGUCAACCAGGACCGCAUCUACCAGAUGUGGCGCUCUAUGAUGGUGCGCCUCCUCUGUCUACUCCGACCUGUGACCAACCUCGUGAUCACGAUGGUCAAGGGUUCCUCGAAGACCAUGGCGACCGGGGACGCGCUGGGCGCCCAGACCGACGAGCUCCAGCACUACGAGUUUGCCGAGGCCCGGCGGACCACCACCUCCGACAGCGGCAGGAACACGCAUAUCGACGGCACCUCCUUUCUCUGUGGAACCGGCGACACCGAGCCCCACACCAUCAUGUCGGUCCGCGACAACGACGAGGUUCCGGACUCUGAGAGCGAGCAGAGCUAUUCGAUGGUCUCCGAGAUCCACCAGGACGAUGUGAACGCCCCCGCGGACAUGAACGAGCCGGAGGACGCCUUCCCGAACGAGCUUGCGAACCAGAAGAGGACACCCGUCACGGAUGCCCAGGUGCAGAGGGCCGUAUGGGCAGCGUCGGGCUACUGGCUCCUUCGCGAGAGCCCAACCUGUCAUUGCAAUCGACGAUGCAUCAUGGAGCUGUCCCUCACGGCCACGAACCCGAACCGCGUCUUCUUUCGAUGCGACCGCCGGCUUCGGGGAGGAAAUCCAUGCAGCUUCUUUCAGUGGGCCCAGACUCAACCAUUGACAAGUCCAGAAUGGAACGAGAAGCGCACGAUGGCCGCCCAAACGCUGCCACCGGACCCCAGCUCUCGGCAGCUCCUCACAGCUUUGGUGCAGGACCAUUGCCCUCAUCACACGAGGACCGGAACCGGUUCCAACGGCUAUGUGGUCAAGCAGAGCUGCUGUCACUGCCAUCUUCUUCUGGUGAGUCGAUCCAGGACCCGGGCGGAGAUGGGAGUCAAGGCCAAGCGCAACGAGGAGCGGGCCAAGACGAGGGCCAGCCAGGGGCGAACAAGCUCACCAACCUCAACCACCAGCUGA